GUGCGGCGGACAAGAUGGCGGCUCCCAUGGAGCUGAUCUGCUGGGGAGGAGACUGGGGGCUGCCGUCCCUGCACCCGGAGUCUCUCGUCGUCAUGGCUUACGCCAAAUUUUCUGGUGCUCCUCUGAUAGUGAAUACUGUAAAUAACUCCUGGAAAGCUCCGAAAGGAGAUCUGCCGGUCCUGGUAUCAGAAGACAUUGUUAUUUCUCAGCCAGCAAAAAUACUAAACUUCUUAAGAAGGCAGAAAUACAAUGCUGAUUAUGAUUUGUCAGCAAAACAAGGAGCUGACACACUGGCAUAUGUUGCACUACUUGAAGAGAAACUGUUUCCUGCUCUGCUGCACACUUUCUGGAUUGAGGCUGAAAAUUACUGCAGUGUAACAAAGCCAUGGUAUGCCUCAAAGAUUGCCUUCCCACUGAGUUUGUAUCUGCCUGGAAAGAUGUCAAGGGAAGCACUAAAUAGGAUCUUGCUGACCAAGGGAGGCCCUCCACUCUAUAGUCUCACUGAAGUGGAAGCACAGAUAUACAGGGAUGCCAAGGAGUGCCUGAAUCUCCUGUCGAAGAGAUUGGGAACAUCUCAGUUUUUCUUUGGAGAUACGCCUACCACCUUGGAUGCCUUUGUAUUUGGCUUCCUUGCACCAAUUUAUAAAGUGUGCUUCCCACGGGUACAGUUGCAAGAGCAUUUGAAACAGCUUCCCAAUCUGUGCCGAUUUUGUGAUGAUAUUUUAACUUGCUACUUCAGGUUAACUGUCUCAGGCCAUUCUCCAGCUGGACAGGAUACAGCAGAUGCUAAUCUGCAGAAACUCACACAGCUUGUAAAUAAGGAAUCCAACUUGAUUGAAAAGAUCCGGCUCUCAUUGUUUCUCUGCAGAUGGACAACAACCUUCGUAAGAGUCCUCAGCAUCCCCCUCGGAAACUCACAACACUCAAGCUUGCUGCAGGUGGAGAAGAAAGCAGUCCAAUGAGUCGUUUAUCACCUUGACAUCUCUUGCUGCCAAUACACCUGUGUUUUGUAACUCAGCUGAGUGCCACAGUCAAUUUUUUUCACGUGAAUGUUUUGCAAGGGAAGAAUCUGCUAAUGGGUACAAGUAGAAAAGAAAUAGAGCUUUACAAGCUUCUGUCUACCUGUUCUUUUAAGAAAUUGCAUAGAUCAGUCUGGCCACACACUGCGCUGAAGCUAAGCUAAGCUAAACAAAGCUUAUUACUGCAGAUGUUAACAUGAUUUUGUACAGCAUAUUUUUGCUUUUAGCCUAGCAGAAGAGUUUACCUGAAGUUAAAAAUCUGCUUACGGAAUGUCCACUGUUAUUUUAUUUUGUGGGUUUUGAUUUUACUGUAAUCAUGCUACUGUAUGUGCGUGGGUAUACUCUUUGUCUGAAAAGGACAAAGUCCAGUUGCAAAGUCUGAAAAGACAAAAUGUUGCCAUUCAUGGCAGCUGAGAAAUGAAGAAAAAUGACAGGAACGUAAAUAUUUUUAUUGUGCUUUAAUGAACGUGGGAUUUGUGUUUUUUGGGUUUUGUAUCUUUGAAAAUUUGUCAUGUUGUACUUCGAAGGGGAUUAUUGAAAAGCAUGUGCGCUAUGGGGAUUAAAAUGAUGCACAAUGCUAACAUUUCACA